AUGGCCGAAACCACGCCCAAAAAGUCAAAGCCCGAGCGACUGGCUCGGUAUGUCGAGUCCGUCUGCUCCAGCCUGAAAGCCCACGAGCUGACGCAACCUUUGAUNAGAGAACCCGAUCUAGACGUAUCACCUAGCACCAUCGUCAAUCCUCCAUACCAUCGCGGUGCUGGUGCCGCACUGGCCUGGGAUACGCCUGACUUUAGUGACCAUCGCAAGGAACUGUCGUGUCUCGAAUCCACCGGCUCCGUGCCAUCCAUCUCGCGCCAGCAACCCAACGACUUCACACCGCCGCCUUAUGGUCGCAACAACCGUCCUUCACAUCUCUCGUCGAACUUCUUCAACAACUCUUUCUACAACUCGUCCAGCGAUGACCUUCCUCAGAUGUCGCCGGGCUUCGUCCCGCAGAAUGGCAACAACUUGUCGCUGGGAUGGAAUGGCGACGACCGAAGACCGUCCGUGGCUAGUACGACGACAAUGUCCUCGACCGGAUCGUCCAAGCGCAGCAUAACUGGCAAGUUCCACAAGAAGUUGCAAGGCUUCUUUGGAGACGACUUUGACCCGAACGCGCCGCCGCCCAAGGAUCUACCCGAGCAGUCAGACAAGAGAGGGCGCAACCCAUCCAACGCCACACAAGUCACUCAGACCACUCGUCCUGGGAGUCCGUCGGCAUCGCGUCCACGUACUCCGAAUACCAGUAGUGAAGUGACGCCAUGGGAUUUCGAGCCAGCUCCAGCAAACCCAUCGCAACCGUCGACCGCACCUCCCCUGCAGCAACAACAACAGACGCGGAAGGACAAGGGAUCCAUCUCAAGCCGUCACCACCGCCUUCACCUUCCUGGCCACCGACACAAGACCAGCCUUGAGGACAUCGAUGAUAGCGCCUCCGUUAUGAGUAGCCGCGCUGGCACUAUCGGCACCGUUGGCACCACCGGUACUACCGGCACUAUGAGCACCAUCCGCAAGGACUCAACCCUGCCCACAAAUCUCAAUGGACGCCAACGCGCGACAAGUCCUUCACCUAGUAUGAGGAGUAUGACUAGCGCCCAACAAAGCAUAUCUAGCGACGCUCAAGGCCAACGCUCCCCGGGAGCCCACAGCGCCAAACGCUCUCUGUUUGAUCGAGUCACUGGUCGUAAGAAGCACGACAAGACCGCCGAGUCGACCUUGAAGAGCUUACCUGCUUCGACUGGCUCGCUCUCUCAGACCCCAACUGCGCCAGCUGGAAAGAAGAAGGGACCCAUUGGACCGGAUGGCAAGCCAAUGGCAUUAGGCCUGGCAAAGAAAGAGCACACGAGAAUUCCGUUCAAGGGACCAAGGCGCGCAGAGCCAAGUGCCGAGUUCAANCAAAAAGAUCCGAAUGCUCCAAGGCCCGAGGCUGUUCGCAACGCAUCCGCAUUGUGGCAUCUCGACACUGAUAUGAGCCAGAUGGAAGGCAUCGUUAACCGCAGUCAACCAAUGACCCCGCCCGUUACUACCGACAUCUUUACCGGCUUCCCUGGAAUGGAAUCCACCACAAAACCCGCCGAAGAAGAAACUGGAACCUGGGAGGUGCCUGACAGUUGGGCAGUCAAAAGAGUGCCUGAUUCGAAUGUCGCUGCACUACGCGAAGUUGACGACGAAGGUCAAGUCCCUAGAGACGAGGAUCCGGGUUCUAUGUACUUUAUGCGAAUUUUCAGAGCAGACAGUACGUUUGCCGUCAUCUCAGCUGGCCUAAACACUACCGCGAGCGAGCUCAUUCAAAUGAUGGCCAAGAAGACUUUUCUGCAAGACGAGCUCGACACAUAUCAAAUCGUCAUGCGGAAAACUGGCUCAAGUCGUAUACUCGCUGGUGGUGAACGGCCAUUGGCGAUCCAGAAACACAUGCUGGAAAUGGCCGGCUACAACGACAAAGACAGACCAGAAGACUUGGGGCGCGAAGAUCAUGGAUAUCUGGUGCGUUUCACGUUUUUGCCUGGAAAGCUGAGCGGAUACUCAAGCUUGGAACGCGAUCCUGGUUUUAAGGGCAUGCAAAAGUUCAAUCACAUCGAUCUCGCGGGUCGCGAUUUGGUUACUAUCCCCAUCGCGCUAUACCAAAAGGCCACAGAGAUCAUUACCUUGAACCUGUCCAGGAACUUGUCUCUUGAUAUACCGAAAGACUUCAUCCAGAGUUGCAGCAACCUUCGAGAAAUCAAAUACACAAGUAACGAAGCGUGGAAGUUGCCUGCAAGUAUCUGCCUGGCAUCAAGAUUGACUAUGCUUGAUGUCUCGAACAACAGACUUGAACAGAUGCAGCAUGCAGAUCUACACAAGUUGCACAACCUUGUCAGCCUCAAAUUGUCCAAUAACAAGCUGACUAGUCUGCCCGCUUACUUUGGAUGCUACCAAGCUCUUCGCAGCUUGAACUUGGCAUCUAACAAUCUCGAUACUUUCCCCGACUUCCUCUGUGAGCUUAGGACUGUUGUGGACCUGGACAUUAGUUUCAAUGGUAUUUCCUCGCUGCCAAAGGUCGGCAAGCUUGUCAACCUGGAACGCUUGUUCGCUACAAACAACAAGCUGUCUGGCGCAUUCCCCGAGACUUUCAAACAACUCGUCAAACUUACUCAAAUUGACAUCCGUUUCAACGCGCUGGACAACAUCGAUGUCAUGGCUGAGCUACCUCAAUUAGAGCAUCUUCUUGUUGGGCACAACUCAAUCGCCGCAUACGAAGCUUCCUUCCACCGCAUAAAGGUCCUCUCCCUUGAUCACAAUCCCGUCACCCGUUUCGGCCUCACUACCCCUGUUCCUACCCUCUCAGUGCUGAAUCUUGCUUCUGCCAAGCUGACGCAACUGCCCGAUGACUUGUUCGCGAAGAUCUCGAACAUAUCGAAGCUGGUACUGGACAAGAAUCACUUCACAGCCCUUUCACCUCUGAUUGGAAAACUGACCAGAUUGGAACAUCUCAGUGUGGCCAAGAAUAUGCUGAACAACCUGCCUUCAGACAUUGGCAGAUUGCAGGACUUGAAGUAUCUUGAUAUCCGGGAGAACAACCUCAGCAGACUGCCGCAAGAGCUUUGGUACGCUCGUAAGCUAGAGUCGCUCAACAUCGCCUCCAACGUUCUGAAUGAGUUUCCCAAGCCGGGUGCCCCUCCGCCAUCGCUACCAUCUGAGGCACCUCCUCCUAUCACAUCCAGCGGUGGCCCCCAAACUCCUGAUUUCGAUGAACUUGGUAAACUCGAGGCGUUCCAGUUGAGAAGGCCUAGCCAGGUUGGCCACGGCAUGAUACCGGGUGGGUCACCAGCUAACCGUAAAGGCUCGGUCAUUUCAAACUAUGGUUCCCAAUCAAGACAUCCAUCCUUAGCUCCCAGAGGAUCGACAGAAUCUGGACUUAGCAGUGCUGCUGCCACACCAGGAAAUCGUAAGGACUCGACCAUGUCCAACAGGCUUGCUUCUACCUUUUCUUCUACUUUGCGCCACCUGAUUCUGGCCGACAAUCGCCUGUCUGACGAUGUGUUCGACGAACUUGUCCUCCUCCCAGAGCUUCGAAUCCUGAACCUUUCUUACAACGAGCUAUAUGACAUUCCACCACGAACCAUCAGAAGAUGGCCACAUCUGACCGAACUUUAUCUUUCUGGAAAUGAUUUGUCUGCGCUACCAGCAGAAGAUUUCGAAGAGGCAUCCGCUCUACGAGUGCUGCAUUUGAACAGUAACAGAUUCAACGUCUUGCCUGCAGAACUUGGCAAGAUUCAGAAGCUUCAGACUUUGGACGUCGGCAGCAAUGCACUGAAAUACAACGUCUCCAAUUGGCCCUAUGAUUGGAACUGGAAUUGGAACCAUCAAUUGAGAUAUCUCAACAUGUCCGGCAACAAACGUCUGGAGAUCAAGCCUAACGUCAACGUGGUGCCGGGACGCGAGACGCGAGACUUGACCGACUUCUCUACUCUGCAACAUCUGAGGAUCCUCGGUCUCAUGGAUGUUACCCUAACAAUCCCUUCUGUACCCGAUCAAGGCCCUGACAGACGUGUGCGUACUGCAGGAUCCAUCAUCGGUACGCACAUUNNCCCCUACGGUAUGGCAGACACGCUGGGACGUCACGAGCACUUGUCAACAUUGGACAUGGUCAUUCCCAGUUUUGGUGGCAACGAAGACCGAUUACUCUUUGGUAUGUUUGACGGACAGACUUUGACCACCGGAGGCAGCAAGGUGGCCAAAUUCUGCUACGAAAAGUUCAGACAUCACUUUGCAGAUGAGCUCGCAAAACUCCAGGAGGACAGUGACGAUUCACCCUUGGACGCGCUAAGGAGAGCAUAUCUCUCGCUCAACAAGGACUUUGCCACAGCGGCUACUCAAGCUAUUGAAUCCCGUGCUCACCCAAGUGCUUCAAUAAUCCACAGAGGAAGCAUUACGGGUCUCGAGCUAGGCGAAGACGACAUGACUUCAGGUGCCGUGGCUACAAUCAUGUACCUCCAAGGUAUGGACCUGUACGUUUCUAAUGUUGGCGAUGCUCAGGCCUUGUUGAUCGACUCGGAGGGUGGUCAUCGAAUCAUCACCCGCAAGCACGCGCCUGCAGAAGCAGAUGAGCGAAUUCGCAUUCGAGAGGCUGGUGGCUACGUCUCACGUCAAGGAAAGCUCAACGAUGCUCUUGAAGUUUCUAGGGCGUUUGGCUUUGUGCCACAUCUCCCUGGUGUCAUUGCCUGCCCCCAUACAGCUCGCAUAUCUCUCAAGGAGUCUGACGAGAUCAUCGUCAUUGCUUCUCGUGAAUUAUGGGACUACCUGACCAUGGACUUUGCAGUAGAUGUCGCUCGCUCAGAACGUGGUGAUUUGAUGCGUGCUGCACAAAAGCUGCGUGAUCUUGCCAUCGCCUUUGGUGCCACAGGUAAAAUCAUGGUCAUGAUGCUCGGCGUGAGCGAUCUACGCAAGAGAGAACGCGCUCGUUUCAGGACUCACAGCAUGAGUAUGGGCCCGAGCGGCGCCCCCGACGAGCUUCUGACCAUCUCAAGACGUCCCAAGCGUGGCAGAGACAAUGUCGGAGACUCCAAGCUCGCCCGUUUGGACCAAGAGAUCGAUCCUCCUCAGGGCGAAGUCACCUUGGUCUUCACCGAUAUCAAGAACAGCACAAUGCUAUGGGAAUCUUAUCCCAUUGCCAUGAGAAGUGCGAUAAAAUUGCACAACGAACUCAUGAGAAGGCAUUUGCGCAUCAUCGGUGGUUAUGAGGUCAAGACUGAAGGUGAUGCAUUCAUGGUCGCUUUCCAGACGGUCACCAGUGCGCUCUUGUGGACGUUCACCAUACAGAGUCAACUUCUCGAAGUCCCGUGGCCGCAAGAGAUUCUCAACAGCAUUCAUGGUCAAGAGGUGCUCGAUACUGAUGGCAACCGUAUCUUCCGUGGUCUGUCGGUACGUAUGGGUAUCCAUUUCGGUCGCCCAGUGUGUGAACAAGAUCCCGUCACUGGGCGUAUGGACUACUUUGGACCCAUGGUCAACAGAUCUGCACGUAUCCAGUCCGUCGCUGAUGGUGGUCAAAUCACCGUAUCAUCAGAUUUCAUCGCCGAGAUCCAACGUCUACUCGAAACUCAUAUCGAGACCGACAGAAGCGGUUCCACAGGUUCUGACGACGCAAUGGGCGAUGAGAUGAUUGGCAAUUCCAUCCGCCGUGAGCUGCGAUCACUCAGCAGUCAAGGAUUUGAGGUCAAGGAUCUCGGCCAGCGCAACCUCAAGGGUUUGGAAAAUCCCGAAUACAUCUACCUCAUGUACCCGCACUCGUUGGCGGCUCGCCUGGUGGUCCAACAGCAGCAACAAGCACAAGCCGAGCAAGUCAAGGCAGCCGCUGCCGCCGCACCUAACGGCGGUAACGUCGGCAUCGAAUCGUCGACCGGCGCUGCAGCGACAAAGAGCGCAGACAGCCAACUCAGCAUCGACACGGAACACGUCUGGGAUCUGUGGAACGUAUCUCUGCGUCUGGAGAUGUUGUGCAGCAGUCUCGAAACCACUGGCUUGACAGCACUCAAGGCGCCAGAGACUGCACUGCUCGAACGCAUGAAACAGCGCGGUGGAGAGAUAACCGACCGCUUCGUCAUCAAUUUUGUCGAGCACCAGAUUAGCAGGAUUGAGCCAUUCAAACCCGGCAUGUUGUUCUCCUCCAAACCCAUGGCGGAGAUUUUGGGCGAGGUCACAGCUGCCAUGCAAGAAUUGCAACGACUCAAAGGUCAAGUCGACAUGAAUGACGCUUAG